AUGAUAAGUGUAAUCAAUCGCAUAGUGUUUGCUGUGCCUCACUAUUUUGUAACAUCUUUGACCCUUGAUUCCACAGGUCUUUGCAAAUCAAAGUGGGAGAAAACUGGACGAUAUCCAUCUGGGAAUUAUGAGUACAUUGACGUCAACGUUGCCGGAACUCGAUACAUCGUUGAAGUCUUUCUAGCCGGAGAAUUCAAAAUUGCCCGGCCAACAGACCAUUACACUUCGUUACUGAACUUCUUUCCUCUAGUUUUUGUGGGUAAAAUAGAUGAGCUCAAGCAGGUUGUGAGAUUAAUGUGCAACGCUAUCAAGAAGUCUAUGAAAACAAUGGACAUGCAUGUACCACCUUGGAGGAGACAUGGCUACUUGCAGGCUAGGUGGUUCAGUUCUUACAAGCGUACGAUCAAAGAAAUACCGCAAGAAAGGGUUUUGAUGUUAUGUUUGUCCAUGGUGACUUGA